AUGUCCGAUAGAAAGAGACAACAACAGCAGUUUCUUGUAUUGAAACAAAAAUACGUUGGAAUUGGCACGGAGAAGACAGCGGAGGAAGAAUGGCUGACGAAUGUGCAAAGGGAUACAUACAAUAGUUUGCAAGGGCAUGCUGCAACACUGGAAUAUGUUUCGCUUGGUGCAGGAUCCAUCAGCAAGCGCACCACAAAGAUCGAUAUGAUCAGGAAAAUGGGACAGCGCAAAGUACGACCAAGGGACGACUGA